UAAAGCUCGGGAGAAAGUGCAGGGAGAAAAUGGGGUGUUAAAACAUGGGACCAUUUUGGGUUUUUUUUGGAAAAUAAGGGGGUAGCAAUUCCCAUAGCGGGCAAAUUCUUAUUCCCUAUAUCAAACUAAUGACGCUUGCAUGAUCCUAGUUUUUUCACAAACAAGGUUUUCUACGCAAAAGUGCAAAACAAAACAGAGUUAACCUUCGUAACCGCAACAGAAAUUGCCACCGUACUCCUCUGCUUCCAGCGUCGUUGUCUGCCGUUCGCUAGCCUUUCACUAUUUGCCGCCUCCUCCUUCACAGGCUCCGCUCUCCACCGCCGUCGUGAACCGUUGUGGACGCGGGGUUACUUUACUUUGUUGGUGCGAGGUUUCAUCGUGGGUGGAUAGUUGAGUAGGUCAAGUUGUUUUACCAUCACGAACAAGUUGUCCUGUUUGGGUCCUCUGUGCACUUCUUCAGAACUAAGCAGAAGGAUCACAUUGGUGUGCAGUGUUUGGAAAUGUUAAAAGUUAGAACUGCUCCAAAGCCUAGCACUGCGCUAAAGCGUUUGAGACCUGCCAUUGGUCAUCUUGAAACAAAAGUUUUUGAUGAUGAUGCUCUGGGGCCAGCUAGAUUGUCUGAGGGUCUUCGUAAAUCUAAUCUGAAGAAACCCAAGGUGGUUUCUGGCGAUGAUGAUUUACCCGAGAGAGAUGAAAUUGGCGAAAGACGAAGGAAACAUGAGCUUAGGGUGCUGGCUGGUGCUGGAAUUAAGACGAGAGAUUAUGAUGAUGGUCGCCAUGGGUCUCUUGAGGUUGCUGCCAAAGAGAAGAAUGAUGAAAGAGGGGAUUCAGAUAAUGAAUUUUACAAGCAAGUGGAACAACUGCGUGCUACUAAAUUGGCUGCAAAAGCUGAGGUUUACUCAAGGAAGUCAGCAUUACCCACUUUGCCAGAUUCUAUAGAAGGAAAGCGCCAUAUCUCUUCGCAGAUGGAGAAGAACAGGGGACUAACUCGAAAUCGCAAUAAGGGGAAGAAGAAUCCUAGAAAGAAUUACAAGCGCAAACAUGAAAAGGCUGUUAAGAAUCGCAAGGGGCAGGUUCAGAGCAUUAGAAGGCCAACCGCACCUUAUGGAGGGGAAUCCACUGGAAUUAACGCAUCUAUCAGUCGAAGCAUCCGAUUUAAGAGUUGAUAUUAUCAACCGGAUUUACAAUAUUGUCAUCUGAUAUUAUCAUCUAGUUUGCCCCUUAUACCAUUGGAAAUUAUUGAUUGGAAGAUGAACAUAUUUGACUUAUGGCAUGUUUGUAAAUUUAUCAGUUUUGAUCCAGUUAUUUCAGAGUAGUGUUUUAUAGUA